CUGUUCCGUCCGUAUGAGUUUGUUGUUGAUGCAUUACAGAUGGGGAACGGAGCCUGAGCUUUUGUCUCACAAACGUACUUUUGCACAAAUAUAGUCGAAUACCGACCGAUCAGUUUUAACUUGUUUAAACGCACGAUUGCUAUCGACUCAGAAGCUGAUCAGAUUACUGUCAAUAAAAUCGCCGAUCUGUCUGUUUGUGGCGCGAGCGCCCGUCAUUAUCAUCACCAUCAUCAUCAUGGAUGUGAAUUUGACCAUCUCCCUGAUAAAGGGCCAGAUGGGUACUGUCAUAGAGAAAGCCGUGAACGUCGCGGUGGAGACCGUGUUAGGAGAGAUGAUCCGGGUAGUCGGGCUCAAAUUCGAGGAGAUCAAACGCGAGAUGUCCGCAAAAGACAAAGAGAACGAAAACAUCAGGAAGAUGUUGGAGACGCACCGCGGCCAGAUGAAAACCAUGCGCAAGUACAUCAGCGUCCUGGCUACUAAAGACCCAAACCGUCUGUAUCAGGGAGAUGAAGAUAUGACAUUGCAUUGCAGAAGAGGACCAACAAGCUCUCUGUCAAUGUGUGCAAAAGCCCCAAAUCCCUGUCCCAGACCUAGAGUCACUGAACCUGUUCCUGUUGCUGGACCCUCAUGGGUAAGACAGCAGAUGCACAUAUCCAACGCCCAUAAUUUAGUCCAAGAGCCAUUAAGAACUGAACAUCAUCUUGCUGAUCUCCGUGUUGAAGAGAUGCAAGGAUCAUCAGUCCAUAAAGUUGACAAUUUAAGCCAUCAUCUGGUGGACAGUCAAGGCCUACUCUGUGAAACCAGUGAUCCAAUAUGGGGACAAAACCCUCUCAAACCUACAGAGACUGAGCACACAGACAUGCCACACACCAAUGUCCACUCAGCACACAUGAUGACUGAUGACCCAACCCAAACUACAACCACCCAAACUGUGGCCUUUGGAGCAACAUCACUUAAGAUCAAACAGGAGGAAGCAGAGGUUGAAAUUGUCUGUGUGAAGGAUGAACACUCAGAAGCAGCCGGCACAUCUAGGUUUGAAUAUUCCAACCAUGAACUUCACCAGCCAUUGGUGGAACCAGAGCGUGGGGUCUCACUAGAUAUACCUGGAUCCUUUCAAGCUCUUCAGAGUCCAGGCACUUCAGCAGAACUUGCAAACCCAGCCUUCAUCAGUGUGGACCCAACCUCCUCUUUUUCUGAUGCGAGACAGCUGAGUCCAGGAAGUUUUGAGGCAAAUCAAUGCACACGUGUUGAGAGGGCUAUUCUUGAGUCGCAAGGAGAGAUGGACAUGAAAAUCAACCACCUUACUGCAUUGGUUCAGUCUUUUAUGGGAAACAGACGUCUUGCACUCCCACUGCUGAUGGAAGAUGAGCAAGGGGAUUGUGUUUUGCCCCUCACAUCUAUGGAGGAUCUUGAUAGGUUGGAGCGAAGACUCAUGGACAGAAGUAUGAUGCAAAAACUGGUGAACAGAUUGUCUAUAAGUGGAGGGCAAACUAUGAAAAAAACCAUAUGGAGAAUUUGCAACAAGGUGUUUUCGUCCAGCGUUGCUAAACAGCUCAACUGGUGUGGAAGGGGAGAUAAGCGAGGCAUAAGAAGAACAAAUAUCGGAGUACUAAUAAUAGCUGCAGCUAUGAGGAACAAUGGACUUUUGGCUCCCAAUGAAGCAGAGGCGGAGAAAUGUAUAAAAGAUUAUCUGCGUUUGGCCCCAGGGAGGGCAUCCUUUUAAAUGAUUGUAAAAAAAAAAAAAAUUGUUUUAUACUUAAAGGUGCAGUAUGUAAUAUAUUUACUGUACUAAAAUCAUCAUGUGUUAUCAGAGAUUUAUGCUAAGUUGAUUUUACUGGCUUCUCCGAAAACAAUGCUACAACCAGUAUAUUCUACUUUGAAAUGUCUGAUCUGGGCCAGAAUUUCUGUUUGUGUUUUGGCCGAAAUACUAUUUCCCAAUAGUAUUUCGACACCCCGGGUUGCCAGAUUUGAAACAAGUUAGCGGGAAAACACAGCACGCUGCAGCCAUGGAAGCCAGCAAUACAUCUAGCUAACAUUGACAGAGUUAUAAAAAAUCCACAUGAACUGGUUUAUAAUUUGCAAACAAUAAAAACAUUGCAAACGUAUACAUUGCAAACGCUGAUCAAUUACAGUGAAAGGCUCUUCGCUUGCCAUUGUCAGUUUGCUUGUUCCUGUUGCGUGUCCUCAACCUGGCAACCUGUGUGAUCUUAGAGUCUGGGGAGGAGAGGGUGGGGGAGACAACUCUCUCCAAAAUUUAGAAUUUGGACUGCAGUACCCAUUUACAACGCUUGAUAUCAAUGUUACAUAUUACUCUUAUAAAGAUUUGCUUGUCAGAAGAAUUACUGUAUUGCAUACUCCUUAUACACUGCUCAUUAAUUUAGUAGCUACUUAUUCUCUUGUUCAGAAGUUGAAAUGAAACAUUUUUCAACUUAGCUAUUAUUGCAUGGGUUAAUAACUUCAUAUAUAGUCAUUAUUAUUAUUAUCGUAAUUGUUAUUUUUAUAUUAAUGAAAGAUUUGUCUAGAUGUUAUUUACUCUAUUUCGGUAUUUUUUUAAAGAGUAGGUUCAGUCUGCUCUUUAAGGUGCACUCAUGAGGAGUUCUGAAUUGCAUACUACCUUACUAUUACUGUUUCUGCCAUAGACAUGUAUGACGGAGGUAGUACGAGUAGUGUGGGUAGUAUGCAAUUUAGAACUCAGCCUCAGUAAGAUUUUAGCAGGCUCUUACUCAUCCUGUCUGUCCCAGUAGUACUUGUGAUUUUGGACUAUAUACUGUCCUGGAUAGAAUUUGUUUACUAAGUACUGCCACUUCACACCAAAGAUGUUUGUUUUGUUACUUUUAGACUUUUUUUUUUCUUCGUCUCAUACUACACGCAUCCCUAUUAUGGACACUCUUGGAUUUAAUUCAAAUGAUUUUUGUGUGUCGUUGCGCACUGGACUGUGACCGAGCAGCUGCAAAUCACAAAUUCUUUGUCGGCUGAACAAUGCCUUGUGCUCACGCUUGCCCUUUGAUGUCACGCCGUUUAUCCAUGAUUGACGCAGUGAGAGCUGCAGGUAGUAGCGGUUUGUUUCAGCAUUCCAGCAGGGAUCUCUUGUUUGGACAUUUUAUCUUUCCACUUGAACUCAUUCUGUUCAGACUAUCUGUUGGAUCACACUCCUGCACACUCUGGUUUAUACUGUUGACACAGGCUCUGGUGUUGUUUGUAGUAAGUAUAUUGUGUUUUUGUUUUGUUUUUCUUUAUGGUUAAGUAUAUUGUGUUUUUUUUUUUUUUUUUUUUAUUGUUUGGUUUGCUUUUUUUGUUAACAUGUACUUUUAUGUUUAAGCAUUGACUAAGAGCACUAUAUAAAGCAAACAUGUUAUUAUUAUUGUCAUUAUUAGUGAUAGUAACUCAAUUGCAUGACACAGGUUGUCAUGUGCUGUCGACAUGGCAGAGCCCAUGAAGGAUGACCCACUCCAUGCAAAAUUUAACAGUUUAAUUGGGAAAUUACAGAUGGGUCAUUUUCAACAUAUUAAAAAUAUUUUAUUCAUGUAUAUGUGUAAAACUUUUUUAAUUUGCAAAAACUUACAUGUGAAUACAGCUUCUGGAUGUUUUCUAGUAUGCAAGACGGAUGUUUCGGGUAUGUUUUGCAGAUGAGCACGCACUCUGAUAAAUUAAACCAUCCAGAUGAAAAUUACUACCUCGCCAGUGCAUAUGUGCUAUCUGGGAUGUAAACUGUGCUGCUGGAUAUUUGAUGUCAGGUGGCAACAGCAACAGAGGGUGAUGUCUAGAUGAUAACACUCAUUCGAAAGU